CGCUCGAGGAGGAUUGACGGAGUGACGACUCUCUGACUAACCCUAGCCUAGCCGCCUAGGGAGCGAGCGGGGAGGCGGCCGGAGCCGGAGCCGGAGAUGGAGGUGGUGGCGCUGGUGAGCGGCGGCAAGGACAGCUGCUUCUCCAUGAUGCGGUGCCUCGACUACGGCCACAAGGUCGUCGCCCUGGCCAACCUCAUCCCGCUCGACGACGCCGUCGACGAGCUCGACAGCUACAUGUACCAGACCGUCGGGCACCAGAUCGUGAUCUGCUACGCCAAAUGCAUGGGGCUGCCCCUGUUCCGCCGCCGCAUCAGCGGAUCCACAAGGGAUCAUGCUCUUAAAUACAGCGUUACCGCGGGAGACGAGGUGGAGGACAUGUUUGCCCUGCUGAGCGAGGUGAAGCGGCGAAUUCCGUCCAUUGGCGCCGUGUCUUCGGGCGCCAUCGCCUCCGAUUACCAGAGGCUCCGGGUCGAGAGCGUCUGCUCGAGGCUGGGCCUGGUCUCGCUCGCCUACAUGUGGAGGCAGGAUCAGACUCUGCUUCUUGAAGAAAUGAUAAGAAGGGGCAUUGUGGCUAUAACUGUCAAGGUUGCUGCAAUGGGUCUGAAACCUUCUGCCCACUUGGGUAAAGAACUGGCUGAACUUAAGGGCCAUCUGCUCCAAAUGAAUGAGAGUUUUGGAAUCAAUGUCUGUGGUGAAGGUGGAGAGUACGAAACACUAACUCUUGACUGCCCUCUAUUUCGUAAUGCAAGGAUUGUCCUUGAUGAUUUUGAAGUGAUACUCCACUCUGCUGAUUCCAUUGCUUCAGUUGGAAUUCUUCAUCCGCUGGCAUUUCAUGUUGAGCCCAAGCCAGGUUCAUCUAGCAGCAUUGGGGAUGGCGCCAUUGCUGAAGAGAAUUCUAGUUGCUUGUAUGAAGUAAAUGGAGCUAUUGCACACACUGAUGCGGAAAACAAACAGACCUUGAAUCCAACACCAACCUCUGAUGCUUACCCAGAUACAAAUGUAUGCAUUUCAAAGACAGGGAAGACUUUGUUUUCCAUUGGUUGUUGGAUAGAAGAACCCUCUAGUGCUUCCCAAGGCAUGAAGGCAGAUCUAGUCAAAGUUUUGAGCAGAAUCGAGAAUCGGCUCAAGGACGGAGGGUUAAGUUGGGCAAAUGUUGUAUAUGUUCACCUCUACAUUUCAAGCAUGAAGGAAUUUGGAUUGGCCAAUGAAGUUUAUGUCAGCUUCAUCACAGAAAAGAAAUGUCACCUUGGUGUUCCUUCGCGCAGUACAAUUGAAUUACCACUUGUUCAGGCUGGUUUGGGCCAUGCAUAUGUGGAGGUUCUAGUUGCAAGUGAUCUGGUCAAAAGAGUUCUGCACGUACAAAGCAUCUCAUGCUGGGCUCCUAGUUGCAUUGGACCUUAUAGCCAGGCAACACUUUAUGGAGAGAUUCUCUAUAUGGCCGGUCAGCUCGGGCUUGACCCCCCUACAAUGAAGCUCUGUCCUGGAGGCGCAACAGCUCAACUGGAACUAGCACUGCGAAAUAGUGAAGCUGUGGCUAAUGCCUUCAAGAGCUCUAUCUUCUCUUCAGCAAUACACUUUCUGGUGUACUGCUCUGCCCACCUGACAUCCACUGAGAAGGAAGCAGUUGAACAAAAGCUGCAGAAUUCAUAUAUUGCUCAUUUGGAUUCCGCAAGAAGUGGAUCAUAUCCUACUAUUCUAUAUGUACUAGCACCGGAUCUUCCAAAAGGAGCAUGUGUGGAGAUAAAAACAACGUUGUAUGUCCCCACUGAUGACUACGACGGCGAUGACGAUGAUGGAGAUAUUACCAAAGAGCUGGAGACCGGAGGGUCAAAGCCAUCAUCAAGCAAAGUCCCGAGUGAGUGGAGCGCACAAUACUCUGGCUUGCAUGACUCAUGCUGCCUGAUCAACGCGGUUGCUGGGAAGAUUUGCUCUGCUUUGGUUUCAGUCACGAAUGACAUCGCAUCAAAGAUCUGUUCCAGCACCGAACAACUACACCCCUCAAAGGAGCAUUUGAAAGCCAUAGCUAGGUUUUGUGCUUUCCAGCUCGCAAAGACCCUGACAGACACUGGCUUCACCUGGGACGACGUAACGAUGCUGAGGUUCUACUAUUUGGCGAAGCACGCGGCGGCAGCGGACGCGAUGUCCCGUGCAUUCUCUGAGGCCUUCACCGAGCUCGGAGGAGCCGAUGGUUCAUUGAGAACCGCCGGGGCGCCCGUCUUCAACCUCAUCCCGGUCUCGGGGUCCGGCCGCUCCGCGUCGAUGGAUGAUGUUAUUACGUGCGAGCUACUAGCUUCCAAGGCUUAAGCCAAGAAGAACCUUGGCCUGCACUUGUUAGCUUCCAAAGCUUAAGUCAAGAACCUGGCCUGUAGUGCACUGUCUGCACAUGCAGCUUGGUGCCAGGUGGUUGCAUCUUCCGUUGAAACAUUGGAGGCAAGCAGUAGUAGGAUGGGAUUCUCUGCCAAGGGAGCCGGCGCUGCAGCAAGCUGGACAGCAGAUAAUCAGGUGCCUUGCUGUUGGCGGCAGCUUUCUCUCCGUGAAGUGAUGUUUGGGUUUUUAUUAUUGAUGAUGAUUAUAUCAAUAUGGUACUCCCUACUAUACUACCACAAAGUACAUCGUAUCUGGUUGGCCUGUGGCUGUAGCUUUGUAACGACAUUGGUUGGCUGGCUCAGUUAGUGGCAUGGGUGUUCGUCGUGUCAACCAAGCACGCACGGCUUAUUAUAUUCCCAAGAUAUAUUUUUAAAAGGAAAAUUGUUGCAAAA